AUGUUUGGGUGUGGUUAAGGGGAAAUGUAGUGGGCGGUGCUGGGAGCUGCGACUGGGAGUCAGGGGACGCUGAGCGAUCGGGGUUGCAGACGGAGGAAGGUUUUGCUGAGUCAAAGUGAUUCAUCUUGUAUUAUGAACUCGGGUGGCAAAGGAGGUGAAUGGUCACUAAGAUACCUGGAUCAUUGUGAUAUGCUGCUUGGUCCGAUUCUCCCUUGAAUCUUCCCCCAUGAUCCGGUCGUCAUGCUGGCCUUCACACCCCAUCUCGUCGUCAAUUUGCUGUUCUCUACUCUGCUCUUGGUUGAUGCCUCAGCCUCAGGCUCCUCAGCAUGUGUACCCCAGGAUAUACCCAACAUGACAAUAGAUGUCGAAAAUUCUGUCACUAAUGGUGCCCGCUUUACUGAUCCUAUAAACGCUGCAAAUGCAGAGGAGUGUGUGUCUGCGUGCUGCUCCAAGCUAAACGGCGUAGGUGAUGCAACCUGCAACCUUGCUGUGUAUGACACCCGAAGCAGCAACUUGGUGCAAAAUUGUUACCUGUUCAUGUGCCCGGAGACUGAAUCCUGUCCCAUGUCUCCCUCCCCAGGGGUCUUCAGUUACUCCUUCUGGACAGAGAAAGGAAAGGGUAACCCUGACAAAACGGAGGAGGAUUUGCUGGACAUCUCUAAGGAUAAUGGCAAGGCGCAGAACUCUCCUGGUAAGAAGGUGAGCCCUGCUUUCCAAGCAAAUGACUUUGCAGAGCCAGAAUCUGAGGAAGAGUUGAGUGAACAUGACUCGGUCAAGAGCCCUCCAUCUAAUGUUCAUUCUCAGAGCAAGACAGAUGAGGUUGAACACGUGACUAAGGAGGACAAAGCUGAAACCCCUGACCGUAUCGCCUCCAAGUUGCUUCAUCUAGCCAACAACAUAGACAAACGGUUGGAGAAAAUUGAAGCCAGCUAUAAGGAAGCAAAAGACUCCAAGUCUGUUGAACUUUCUGUCUCACCUACAGAUGAGAAGUCUGUGGUAAAACCAACGCCAAGAUCCAGAAACAAAGAGCCAAAUACAUUUACUUCUCAUACGAAGGACACAAAAUUUAGCAAAGUUAUUAAGAAAAAACCUGAGAGCCUUGAGGGCCAUUACCUGACACCAGAGCUCAGAACCUUGGCUCCAUCUUUUAGGACUUUACACCAAAUUAGCACUGCUGCCCACCGUCCUGUUCCAAACACAAAACCCAUCUUCAACCCUUCCACCAUUCCAUCAAAGGAAAGUAAAGUUGCCAAAAAAGCACCAAGUUCAGGUACAAAGGACACCAAGGUUCUUGGUCACAAUAGUGUCAGUUCUUCCAGCACAGACGCAACUGUGAAAAACAUGCGGGCCGGUCACUUCAUGAUCACGACUCAGGUUCCAGCCACCAGUGUUGCCCAUCAAGCCAAAUCUGCCCUUGCGGUAACUCGACACAAUCCUUCACGGACUUCGCUCUUAAAUGCUGCCAAAUCUACCCUCAAAGAUGGUGACCAUCCUUUUACUAGCAAGGAAGUGCAGGAAGCUGAUCGAUCAGUUUCAGAGCUGACUUCACCAGAACAGGAUCCUCCUGCUGAAGAUACCCCUCAAAAUCUUGACUCUCUUGAUACCCUUUCGCAUGUUGGUGACAAAAGUGGUUUGGUGGCUGCUCUAGUAUUUGGGGUAAUGUUCCUUGUGUUGGUCAUUGGACUGGUCAGUCACAAGGUAUCUGAGGCACGGCGCCGCCACCAGUACACCAAACUUGACUAUCUAAUCAAUGGAAUGUAUGUCGACACUUGAGGCGUGCUGUUCCAAUAUAAGUUGACCAGAAAUCAGAAUAGAAAACACACAGUAGCUGCAUGGUGCAGUUUUCAUCUUGACUUCUACAAUUGAGAGUUUUUAUAAGGCAGCCAUGAUGGACACCAAAAGGGGACCUGUCAUGAUAACCGUUGCUUUUUACAGAGGCUCUUAUUGCCUGCCUGAAGUGGUGCUAAAGGCCAGAGCUAACCUAUGUAGUGCCAUGACUAGCACUGCUACAGCAGUCAGGACAUAUGAGCCUUAGUUGGGGCAGCUUAAGAAGAAUUCCAAGUAUGGAUAUUUUUACAUAGCUACAUUGUAUAUCCUAUAGGCACAUACCAUAUGCGAUACAUGUGGGAUCUCUCUAGAAGCUGGAAAUCACUGUAGUUGACACUGCUUCUACAGUGAUCUGCACUAGCUUCUGGGUCUUGUGCCGAGGACCUGGACACAGGAAGUUGCCUGCUCAGCACCAGUGCCAUUCAGAGAUGACUUUGAAUUUUCUUAAGGAUUUUUCUGAUUUGGACAAAGCGGAGAGGUGCAGCAGUAAGGGCAUACUCUCCACGUCAGAGACUGCAUUGCAUUCAUUAAAAAUCUCUGAAUAAGGCCUGUGCUGCUUGGGUGACCUCUUUUAUUCACAUUACAGCCGUGUGAUGUGGGCUCUGGAAGCUAGUGGAUGCCUACUAUAGCAAUUUUCAGCUUCAAGGGGGAUUUUACUGAUAUGGUAAAUGCAUAGUCACAUGGUUUAUGCUGGAUCAAAGCAACUAUGUAAAAAUAUCCAUACCUGGAAUGCUUCUUUUACUAUGACAAAGAUUU